GAGGGGUGGUUUUCUUUCCUUGCAGUACAGACUAUCCUCACCACCCUCCGCCCCUACCUUGACAGCCAACAACCAACAGCAACAACCAAAAACCAAAAACACCAAGACUAUCAACUGCACACCGUCGUCUCCCAUUCACAGAACCGUGACUACCACUCCUGCAAAAUGGCCUCAACACCCACAGUCAUUCUCAUCACAGGUGCCAACCGCGGCCUCGGCCGCGGACUGGCCGAGACCUACCUGGCACGUCCCAACGUAACCCUCGUAGCCGGCGUGCGUGACCCAUCAUCCGCGAGCGCGCUCAGCCUGUCCUCAGCACCAGCCGGCGCCGGGAGCAAAGUCGUGCUGGUCAAGAUCGACAGCCAGUCGGACACGGACGCAGCCGCCGCCGUAGCCACCCUCAAAGCCCAAGGCAUCACGCAGAUCGACGUGGCCAUCGCCAACGCGGGCGUCGCCAACGUCUUCGGCCAGGUCCACGAGAUCGCGCCCGCCGACCAGCGCCGCUUCGUCGAGAUCAACACCCUCGGCCCGCUCAAGCUGUACGCCGCAGUGCGCCCGCUGCUGCUGGCUGCUGCUGCUGCUGGCAGAGGUACCCCGAAGUUUGUCGGCGUGAGCACCAUGGCGGCGACUACGGGCGAGGUCGAGACCACCGUCCCCUACCGCAACGGCGCGUACGCUGCCAGCAAGGCGAUGCUCAACCACCUGCUGCGCCGCGCGCACUUUGAGUCGGAGGGAAUUGCGGUUUUUGCUGUUGAUCCGGGAUUCUUCGACUCGGACAUGGGCAAGGAAGGCGCCAGCAUACUCGGCUACGACGGGCCGCUAACCUCACUCGAGAGCGUGACUGCGGGGACCGUGCGAGAGAUCGACAACACCACCCGCGAGAGCGCGGGGUCCAAGGACGGUUACAUUGGCUGGGAGGGCAAGCGGCUGGCGUACUAAGCGCUCUCUUGCGGGAUUGCCCGCCAAGUGACUUUGACUAAUUGAGUGGACGAGAGAAAUAUUUCACCCUGGAAUAGGGGAAAGGGGCCUUUUUUCCUAUGCUAGGCUUAGAGCGAACAGCGGGAUAUCAACAAAUACGGGGAAUUUAUUGCUUCGCUUUAAUUAA